AUGGCGCCUCGAGAGAACUCGCACGAGCCCUCUGGCACGCCUGUGCCGGUGGAAACGGGCUUUGCCACACUUGCACAGCUUAGGGUUGGCGUCAAAGCAUGGGUCGAGAAAGUGAGUAGCAGCGGAACGAAGUUCGCGAUGAGCGCCGAACGUGUCUCGUGGAACGAAGGCGAAAAGCGCAAAGCUGAACUCCUCUCAAUCCAAACCCGUCAGGGCCAGACCAAAUUCUACGUGCAUUAUGAAGACUUCAACAAACGUCUCGAUGAGUGGAUCGCAGCGGAUCGCAUUGAUCUAUCACGAGAAGUCGAGUGGCCUGCGCCCGAAAAGCCUGACAAAAAGAAGAGCAAUGCCUCUAAGACAGAUAGAGCACCUUCUAAAUCGGACCAGAAGAAUUUAAAGCGAUCACGAAGCAAGCUUGACCGCGAGAUUUCUGGUACACCAGAAUCAACAUCCAGCAACAUUCCUGGCAAGGCACAACGGCCUUCCAAGGCGAGCGGGAAAGAAAAUCAAGAAUUCCUCGUUACCAGUGAAGUCACAGAUGGCACACCCAAGCCGGAAGAUGAGGAGAUGGACCUGGUGGACGUCCAAGAUGCCGCCGCAGCAGCAAAAGCCGUGUCAGAUCAGAACUACUCACGCGAAGACGAGAUCGAGAAGUUGCGUACAUCAGGCUCGAUGACACAGAACCAAACCGAGAUUUCUCGAGUGCGUAACCUGGAGAAAGUGCAGAUGGGAAGGUUCGAGAUCGAGCCGUGGUACUUCUCUCCAUAUCCUAUCGAUUUUGUGGACUCAGAUGUCGUAUACAUCUGCGAAUUCUGCCUCUCGUACUAUGGCGAGCAGACACAGUUCGAACGCCACCGCGCAAAAUGCACGCUACUGCACCCGCCUGGAAACGAGAUUUACCGCGACGAUUAUGUUUCGUUCUUCGAAAUCGAUGGAAGACGGCAGCGAACGUGGUGUCGUAACCUCUGCUUGCUCUCAAAGCUUUUCCUGGACCACAAGACCCUCUACUACGACGUUGACCCCUUCCUGUUCUAUUGCAUGUGUACACGCGACGAGCAUGGCUGUCAUCUUGUCGGCUAUUUUUCGAAAGAAAAGGAGUCUGCGGAUGGUUACAAUGUCGCCUGUAUCCUGACUCUGCCACAAUACCAACGGAAAGGGUUUGGUAAGCUGCUUAUCGAUUUCUCCUACAUUCUCUCAAAACGCGAAGGCAAGCUCGGCUCACCUGAGAAGCCGCUGUCCGACUUGGGUCUGCUUGGAUACCGUGCAUAUUGGCAGGAAAUUAUUGUGGACUUGCUUAUGGAUGGCCGAGUGGAAGCCAACAUUGACGACCUCGGCGCUGCAACCGCAAUGAUGACGAACGACGUUCUACAUACGCUGCAGAACCUGAACAUGCUUCGCUACAGCAAGAACCAACAUGUCGUCGUUUUGACCGAUGCAGUGAUAGAGCAGCGCGAACGACAGAAAGCAAAGGAGAAGCUGAAGGGCAAGAGGAGUCUUGAUCCAGAACGACUUAUUUGGAAACCACCGGUUUUCUCUGCCGCCAGUCGCACGUGGAAUUGGUGA